CUCACGCACUAGCACCACCUUUAUUACCCUCCCUGAAACCCCGUUUAUUGGGGAGAGAGAGAGAGCAAUGGUGAGCAAGAAGGAGAGAGGUCGAACCCAGAAAAGCGAGAAGAAAAACGAACAGGAGACCAACAAUGAUGGAGUUGCAGGGUAUGAGCAGUUCAGAGACCAAAGAAUCAAGGAGAACAUGGAGAGGAUGGAGAAACUGGGAAUUUUGGAGCUCUCACGCAAGCUCAAGACCUCCAAGUCUCUCCCUCCAAAAAACCCACCCAAGAAGAAGCCCACCUUACCCCCUUCUGAGCCCACAAGACGCUCUUCGAGGUUGACGAAUAGGACUCCGGUUAAUUAUUCGGAAAAACGCACACCCAAGAAGGAGGGGGAGGUAGAGAAAUUGCUGCAGAAUUUGGAUAUACGCAUAAAAGAAGGUUCAAAACCUGAGAUUUAUACAGAAGAGCAUGAAAAUCUUUUGGGUGAUUGCAAGACAACUUGGACUUUGUAUGUGGAUGGAUAUGACGAAGAUGGUCAUCGCAUAUAUGACCCAUUUGAGGGAAAGAGUUGCCAUCAGUGCAGGCAGAAAACACUUGGUCUUCAUACUGAUUGCAGCAACUGCAGGUUGGUCCAAGGACAGUUAUGUGGAGAUUGCUUAUACACGAGAUAUGGGGAGAAUGUAACAGAAGCAAACAAGAAUCCAGUUNCCGUCUGUCGUGGAAUAUGCAACUGUAGUCGCUGCCGACGGGAGAAAGGGUGGGAACCCACUGGAAAUAUCUAUCGGAAGGUAUUAGGCCUUGGCUUCAGGUCGGUGGCGCAUUAUCUCAUUCAGAUCCAUCGUGUGCAUUCGGGUGAGAAUCCACUUCCUGUCAACAGGUCCUUGUUUGCAGAUAGGAAAGCUGACUCUUCUGAUGGAAUUCCCAAGCCCCAGUCUGAUGGCAACAAAUUAGAGAUGGAAGAGGAAAAUAGCAAACGUGAUGGCGGUGAUGGUGUUGGAGGUAAUGUUAAUUACGAUGAUGAUAGUGAUGAUGAUUAUGAGGAAGAUGAUGAUCACAGUGAAGAUCCAGUCAAUGGUGACCAUCUCUCGGAUCGGAUAUGA